CCACGCCUGCGCGGUGGGGACCGGGACGAUAGGGCCGUGCGCAGCCGUUGCCGUGGCAUGGAGGCGCGGAGGGAGCCUAGCUCUGGUGCUGCAGAAAAUUCUAAGCUGAGACAUGUAGAAGAAGAUGUUUUGAUUCCACAAAUAAUGAGGGACCGAGCCAAGGAGCGGUGUUCAGAUCAAGUGCAAGCAUUUACUAAGUGCUGUCAAGAAACUGGUUUUCUGAUGGUGGUGAAGUGUCGGCGGGAGAACACGGCACUGAAAGACUGUCUGGUUGGCUACUAUUCUGAUCCAUUAUUCUAUGAAGAAUGCAAAACAGAGUAUUUGAAGCAGAGAGAAGAAUACAGAGCAACUGGAAUUAAGAAAAAAAGGCAGAAGGUCACUUCAAAUGUGUAGUUAAAACUAAAAAAUUAACUUUUCAAAUUUUAGAUCCAACUUUGAUUUAAAAGGGACUUAGGUCAUCUGUACCCUCUGUGUGGAAUUUAACUGAAAUACACAAAAUGAGAUGAAUGGAGAAUAAAGUGAUCUUUGAGCUUAAAAGUCAAUAUUUUAAUUCCCUGUAAUGAAAUCCUUAAGGCAAGCUGUCACAGCUUGCAGGGAACUUGCAGCACUCUGUUCAUCUGCCUGGACUCGAGGCGUUGUUACUCGUUUACAAAUGGCUGUUGGGAAUUUGAAGCCUGUGUUUAGUUCUGUGUGGCCAGCUAUGCUACAGCAAAACCUCAGGGUGAAUAACUGAAGUUGUAUUAACUGAUCACUAAUUGGGUAUGCAUUAAAAUUGGUCUGUUUGUCAUGUGAAACUGAGGGUGUAUGAGAAUGCUCUUACUAGAAGAGAAAGGUGGCAAAUGCAGAAAAGCCUCUUGUACCAGUUUGAUUCAUCUUUUUCAUGAAAAUUGUGAACCAUACAAGAACCUGACAGCACUUUUGCCUACACUGUGACUCAUUUUUAAGACCACUGUGUCAGAAGAGCUGCCUGUCCUGUGCCUAUGUGCAGCCCAGAAUGACUGUUGUGACACUAGAGGGAAAAGUCUUCCUGACCUAAACCUUCCCCAGGAAGGGAGAAGGCAAAUCACCAAGAGCAGCAUCUUCCCCUGCUUUCCUAUUUCACAAUGAAGAUGGAUUGUUUAAGCUUCCACGCUUCAGGAGUGGGCAAGUGACCACAUUUGCAAAAUUAUUAUGGGUAAAGCUGUAAAAAUUUGACGGCGCAUCACAGCUAAUUUUGGAGUUUGCUUUUUUUCAGUACUCUUAGUUCACAGAAACUCAUCAGUUGUAAACCUGCAAAACCAGCAGGGACACUGAAAAUGAUGAGAUUUUUUAAAACAUUUUAAAUGAAUCGAACAGUGGAAGUUUACAUACAAGUCAUUGGGUUAGUCCAGCUCACCAAAUACGUAUUCGUCAGCUCACUGUAUGCUCACUUAAACAUGUAAAGCAACAAUUCCCUCUUGCCCCCAAAGUUGUAUUGGGUUUCUGUUAAAUGGAAUUUAACUGGUGGUGCUUUCUUAAAUUAAGAAUUGUCAGAUCAGUGCAGGGAGAAGUUUUAAACUGUUUUGCAUUCAAGUUAAUGGAUUGUGGGCAUCAUUUAAUGUAUUUGAGUUUGGUCUGUCCUUUAUGUAAUUUCAUGGGUUUACAUAACAAAUGCACGUGUGCGCACAAACCACCAGAACUCCUUUACUACAGCUACUUCUGCAUGUAAUCUGCUGUCAUUGUGAUGAAAAGAUUUCACUUCUGAAAAUGAAAAGAGCCGUGUAAGCCACUAGUGGCUUGGGUUUUAAUGACUUUUCCAUCCUGAGUCAGAAUUUGAUUGUAUGCUUCAGCCCAACAGAUGCUUCAGCAGCCAGCUAGCUCCCAAGUGACCUCAAACCUGGGGACUUCCUUUUCAAUUGUUACAGCUUGGCUACAGCAAUGAGUGAUUGGAUUGGAAAUGCUGCCUACACCAAGCUCACCAUCAGCCUGCGCUCCUCGCUCCAGCAGCAGCACUUCUGAAGUCCCUUCUCAGCAAACAUUGCUGCUCCCUCCUCCAUCACAGGAAGCAGCACAGAAGAUAAACCGAGUCAAAGGCAAAACAAAUUCUCAGACACUGCACACAGAAGCUUAAAAUUAAGUUUCCUUAUCACACAGGCUGACCAGGAGACUUUAGACACAAGUAGUCAAACCAGAGGCACACGCUGUAGCUUAAGGUAACUGAAAUCCUUCAACUUCCAAUAUCCAGCUUUUCCCAGAAUAGAUUGAAGCAGUCUACAGGGGAUGUUUGGUUAUUUUUUUUCCUGAAUGGAAGAGGAUGAACCUCAACUGUAAUUGCUUGUAUUUGGAAUUACAUUUAUACACAAUCAAGAAACUGAGUAAAAACUUUUGGGUCAGGUAUGGAAAGGAGACUUGUAGUGAAACCAAUUUCAAACAAAAAUAAAUUUAUUUCAAAUCUUA